CAAAUACACCUUCGCUGACCUUCCUUGUCCUCACGCACUUAAACCUAUCAGGCAAAAAUCUGCUCAUCAACAUAUUAUUUCCAUUCCUGAUCCUACAGUCCGCCUCCCGGUCGCUCCUCCUUGCCCAAAUGAUUCCGAAGACAUGGUUACAGCCAUUCCCUGCGUUCAUUGACGAACUGCCUACAUGUGACAAGGAAGAACAACACUGCACCCGUCACUUCAAGCAUGGCGCCUGCCGAUACAUGAGACGACGUAAUCGAAAGCAUCCACAGCCGUCCCAAUGCACAUGCGCAAAAACAAUUUUCUCACACUCUUCAGCAGCUCCUGCAAGCCCAGCACCUCAGAUCAAGAUGGACCCAAUGAACGCCACUACCAACCGCCCUUACCACACGCCAACAAAUCACACCAUCACCUUCCACCACCUCGAGCGCCAAACCUACCACAUGACCCCGCGCACCAUGACCCUCGCGCUAGCGUUCGCCCCGUACUACCACACAGAAGCAGCAAAACGACACAAAUCAUCAUCGGCAUGUUUUUCUCAACUGUGCACACGCACACUCUCCCCACACUCUUUGUAACCGGUCAACGAACCGUCACUAUCGGUGAUUCAAGGAAAGAGUUGGAUGUGUAUAUCUGGACGAUGUUGAGGGAGGUUGUUGCUGAGCACGCGCCGAAUGCGAGGGUGAGGAAGGAGUGGAAGGGGAGGAUUGGGAGUCCGCGAAGUGUGUGGGUUGCAUAACACAGAGCUGCUGGGUGCUACCAGGACAUUUCAGGGAGACCUUGUGGAGGGGUAUUUGGAUCUAGCGUCUGCGAAGAGUG